UGAUCAUGCCCGCAAUAUCGCGUGGGGAUCAAUCUCUUGAUUUCCGGGGUAGACUGCCACUCGGAGUAUCCAAAUUCUACAGGAAUCCUCGUAAUGCUUCGCUCAGCUCCCCGAAACCAAGACUCUCCCUCGGUUCAGACACCGUAGGCGCCUGGGAACUCUCGGGGACAUCAGUAAGCUCAUUGACCGCUCUUACGAGAGAUUUCGCUUGA